UGCAAGCACCUCGUACUAUUUCUUCCGUCCUCUCAUCGAGUCCAGUCCCGUUGUGCGUAUCCGUGCCCUCGCUUCACUUCCCCUAGAGAAAAUAACAAACAAACGCCGCGAGAAAACAGCCCUAGCUAGAGAGAGCCAUGGCGGAUGUGGGCGGAACCAGCGUGGUGCGGCCGAACGCGCGGCGAGUGAGCGCGCCGGAGGAGGCGCUGGAGUUCGAGACGUCGCGGGAGGUGGAGGUGGUGACCAGCUUCGACCAGAUGGGCAUCAAGGACGACCUGCUCCGCGGAAUCUACAACUACGGCUUCGAGAAGCCCUCGGCGAUCCAGCAGCGCGCCGUGGUGCCCAUACUCCACGGCCGAGACGUUAUAGCCCAGGCCCAGUCCGGCACGGGCAAGACCUCCAUGAUCGCCCUCACCGUUUGCCAGAAGGUCGAUACUGCCACCAGAGAAGUCCAGGCCUUGAUCCUGUCACCAACAAGGGAAUUGGCAUCUCAGACAGAGAAGGUGAUUUUGGCAAUUGGUAAUUAUAUAAAUAUUCAAGUACAUGCAUGCAUCGGAGGUAAGAGUAUGAGUGAAGAUAUCAGAAAGUUAGAACAUGGAGUUCAUGUGGUGUCCGGAACUCCAGGCAGAGUGUGUGACAUGAUCAAGAGGAGAACACUGCGUACGAGACAUAUCAAAAUACUAGUUCUUGAUGAAUCUGAUGAGAUGUUGAGCAGAGGGUUCAAGGAUCAGAUUUAUGAUCUGUACAGAUAUCUCCCACCAGAACUUCAGGUUUGCUUGAUUUCUGCUACCCUUCCCCAUGAAAUUUUGGAGAUGACAAACAAGUUUAUGACAGAUCCUAUACGGAUACUUGUGAAACGUGAUGAGUUGACUCUGGAGGGAAUCAAGCAAUUUUUUGUUGCUGUUGAAAGGGAAGAGUGGAAGUUUGAUACUCUAUGUGAUCUUUAUGACACCCUUACGAUCACCCAAGCUGUUAUAUUCUGCAACACAAAGCGAAAGGUGGAUUGGCUAACUGAAAAGAUGCGUACCAAUAACUUCACUGUUUCAUCAAUGCAUGGAGACAUGCCUCAAAGGGAGAGAGAUGCAAUUAUGGCAGAGUUUCGGGCCGGUCAAACCCGAGUACUGAUAACGACAGAUGUUUGGGCCCGAGGGCUUGAUGUUCAACAGGUUUCCCUGGUGAUCAAUUAUGACCUUCCAAACAAUCGUGAGCUUUACAUUCAUCGGAUUGGUCGUUCUGGUCGUUUUGGAAGAAAGGGUGUUGCAAUAAACUUUGUGAAAAGUGACGACAUUAAAAUCCUAAGAGACAUAGAGCAGUACUACAGUACUCAGAUUGACGAGAUGCCAAUGAAUGUUGCUGAUCUGAUAUAAAGACUUUUGCUGGCCAUCAUGUUUGUUGAUGCAUAAGAGUUGCAGUUGACAUAACUUUGUUUGCGAUGGUUUGUACACACUAGUUAGUGGAUGGUGAAAUGACACUCGAGGGUGGUUGUGUCAAGAUUACAUAGAGAGUUGCUUCGGCAUUAUUUCCGUUAAAAGAUUUAUUUGAUUGAGAUUUUCUGCACUUGUGCUUAGCUUGUAUGGGUGAUAACAUCAGAUUUUUAAUUGAAGUAAUUUGCUAGGCUUUUUGUGAUAACAA